AUUAUAAUAAUAAUCAAAUUUCAGGAAUACUUGCAACCUCAGAGAUAAACCAUUUAAGCAACUUAGUGUUGUGUCUGCAAUGCUAACAAUGAAAUGCACCAGCAUCAUCACUUUGUUUUGCCUCACUCUACUCUUAGACUCUGCUGAUGCACUAGACUUUAUUCGAGCAAAUGAAACCAUCAGAGACGGUGGUACUAUUGUAUCAGCCCGCGGAGAAUUUGAACUUGGAUUCUUUAGUCCAGGGAAUUCCACCAACAGAUACUACUUGGGUAUAUGGUACAAGAAAAUAGCCUAUGGAACAGUUGUAUGGGUUGCUAAUAGGGAGACUCCGGUGACUAGUUUUUCUGGUUCAGCAAGAGUUGACAAUUAUGGAAUAGUGGUUCUAAACGGCGACAGGAUAAUUUGGUCAUCAAAUACUAGAUAUAUGGAGAAUCCUGUUGUCCAAUUACUGGAUACAGGAAACCUUGUUUGUAGGGAAGAAAAGGGUGAUCAUGUUGUUUGGCAGAGUUUUGACUAUCCAGGAAAUAUUAUGCUGCCAGGCAUGGCGAUGGGGUCUAACUUGGUAACGGGUCAUGAAAGGUACUACACGUCGUGGAGAAGUGUGGAUGAUCCAUCUCCAGGGAGGUUUUCUUACAGAGUUGAUCCUAAUGGUUUUCCCCAGGCACUGUUGUGGAAAGAUUCAGUGUUGUGGACGAGGACUGGGCCGUGGAUUGGUUCCCACAGUAGUGGGAAUCCUACUUAUAGCCGAAAUGAGAUCUCUACGAUACACUUUACUUUGAACGAGGAGGAAGUCCACUAUGGGAUUGAUCUUGUCAGUACAAACAGUUCACCAAUUACAUUCUUUAUGUUGCACCCGAAUGGUGAUUCAAAAUUUUACGUAUGGAAUUAUCAGAAGGAGAAUUGGAUGGUUUUUCUUACUCUACAUGGUAAUGACUGUGAUAGGUAUGCGCUGUGUGGCCCAUAUGGUAUUUGUAACAAAGACAGGUCACCUAGAUGUGAAUGCAUGAAAGGAUUUACCCCGCGAUUUCCAGACAGAUGGAGAUUGUUAGAUUGGUCUGGAGGUUGUGUCCGCAGAAAGAAACUAGAUUGUAAGAGUAAAGAAGGUUUUCAGAAGUACUCUGGUGUAAAGUUACCAGACACACGACACUCGUGGUAUGAUAUGAGUUUAAAUGUGGAUGACUGUCGGAGAUUGUGUUUGAAGAACUGCUCUUGUGCAGCUUAUGCAACAGCAGAUGAAAGAAGAGGUGGCAGAGGAUGUUUCUUAUGGUUCACUCCCCUAAUUGAUAUCACAGGCUACAACGAUGACGGACAAGAUAUCUAUGUAAGGAUGCCAACGUCUGAACUAGGAAAAAGAUGGAAAAGGAGAGAUCUCAUUGCCAUUUUUUGGGUACUGACAGUACCAUUUGCCUUGUUAUUCCUGCAUAUGUACAAGAAAAGAAAGGCAAAGAGAAAAGAAAGGGUGAAAUUCAGUUCAGAAGAUGUUCGGCUGAACAAAAAUGGCACUGAGGAUUUGGACUUGCCACUUUUUAAGUUCACAACAGUUGCAAAAGCCACAAAUAACUUCUCAGAUGACAAUAAGCUUGGAGAAGGCGGCUUUGGACCUGUCUACAAGGGAAUGUUGGACGAUGGCCAAGUGAUAGCUGCAAAGAGGCUCUCGAAGGAUUCAAGUCAAGGACUAAAUGAGUUCAAAAAUGAAGUUUCUUGUAUCGCCAAACUUCAGCACCGGAAUCUUGUAACACUUCUGGGCUGCUGCACUGAAAAGGGGGAAAGGAUUUUGAUCUACGAAUACAUGCCCAACAAAAGUUUAGAUUUCUUCAUUUUUGAUGAGCAAACAAGCAAGUCAAUGGGAUGGUUGCAGCGCUACAAUAUAAUAAAUGGAAUUGCUAGAGGGCUCCUGUAUCUUCAUCAGGAUUCAAAGUUACGAGUUAUUCACAGAGAUCUCAAAGCCAGUAAUAUAUUACUUGAUAAUGAACUGAAUCCAAAAAUCUCAGACUUCGGGUUGGCAAGAAGUUUCAAAGAAAGCCAAACUGAAGAAAAUACAAAACGAGUCGUGGGAACAUAUGGUUACAUGUCCCCCGAGUAUGCCAUUGACGGAAUAUUCUCCACCAAAUCAGAUGUAUAUAGCUUUGGCGUUUUGCUGAUAGAGAUCAUGACAGGAAAGAAAAACAGAUUAUUCAGUCAUCCUGACCACAGUCUGAACCUCAUUGGCCAUGUCUGGAUGAGUUAUAAACAAGAGAACCUUGUGGGACUAAUUGAUGAAGUGAUCUUGAAGUCGGGUGAUGUGAUUGAAGUAUUUCGAGUCAUCCAGAUAGGAUUGUUGUGUGUUCAAGCGUAUCCAGAAGACAGGCCAAGUAUGUCAGAAGUGGUUGUGAUGCUGAGUAGUAAGAUACAUGAUCUGCCGCAUCCUAAAGAACCUGGUUUUUUCUGGGAGAGAAAACAAGACAAGGGAAAGUAUGCUUGGAGAACUUCCAAAGUGACUUCAUCCAACCAACUAACUCUCACCACUGUCUCACCUAGAGACUAGUAUUGUGUAUGUUAACGUAGGAACGGAUGUUAAACAAAUUGUAAAUGGUGAUGAUGAACUAACUCUGUUGCAGUCUUUUGAAAUCAAAACUGGCUUAUUUAAA